AUGACGUUGUUACCUUCUGACGACCGUGCCCUCGUCCUUCGCUUCGCCGUCCAGGUGGCCGCCACCACCGCGGUGGCCGCGUGGUCGCUCCACGGAGAGUACGACGCGGAGAAGCACGCGAUGUUGCUGCUCCUGGGGGCGGCGAUCUAUUCGGAGUACGUCGGCGCGGACCGCGAUCCCACCGAGACGCGUCAGGGCAUCACGGGCGGCGCUCCCCUCGGCGCGCUCGCGCUCCCGUGGCUCUUCGUGUCCCGCGUCGGCGGCCCGAACUUCCACCUGUUCGCGUUCUGGGUAUCCGUCGCGACCAACGUCGCCCUCCUCCCGGGCCUGCCGCGGAUCGUAUCGGGCGGCGCCGCCGUCGCCGCCGUGUCCGCGGGCGCGAGGGAGCUCAACUACGUCAACGUCGGCCACGAGCCGUACCCAACGGAGUGGACCAUCGCCGCCACCGUCGCCGUGCACGUUCUCACCGCGGUGUCGUUCGCCCGGGACGCGCCCGGGUGGUUCCCGAACGUGUUCACGAGGUGGGAGGCGGCGCUGGCGUCGACGGCGGUGGCGCUGUGCCUCGGCGACGUCGCCAUGUGGACGGCGCACGCAUCCGCGGGGCGUCUUCCGGAUCUCCACCUCACCGAAGACAAGUGGGCGCACGUCACGAGCUGGAUGCCGCUGCACGUCGCGUUCGGGCGAUACGACGACGCGCAGCUCGCCAUGGAAACGUUUGGCCUGAUCGCCUGCGCCCUGACCGUCGCGGCGCCCGCGCUCGCGCCGGAGGUGAGGACCCGAUCUUCGAUUGCGCUCGCCGCAGUCUUCGUCGCCGCGUCGACGUGGGGAGCGACGGUGGCGCUGCGGCUGGGCAAGGCGUUCCGCGGGUACGACGGCAUCGCGCACUGGUUCGUCGACUACGUGACCGGCGCCGAGGAUCUCGCCAACCUGGCGGCGUACUGGGCCCUGGUCUUCGGCUUUGCGACGUUCGCCAUCCGACGCAUCGCGACGUCGUCGUCCGUCUCGGGCGCGAGGGUCACGGCGCUUCGCAAAUCGUAUCACCUGCUGGCGGUGGCGGCGUUCGCGCCCGCGUCGUUGCCCGGAUACGCCGCGCGUCGGGUCAUGGGCCACGGUCUUCCGCAUCCGGAGAUGCUCGCGCUGGCGUACGCGGUGGCGCUCCUGGUGUUCGCGGCGGCUGAGUGCGCGAGGACGUCAAAGGCGUGGGCGCCGGGGCGAUGGAUCGACUCGUUUUUCGCUCGAUUCGUCGACGGCCGCGACGGCGGGGCGGUGGUGAUCAGCCACACGUCGCUCCUCGUCGGGGUCGCCGCGCCGCUGUGGCUGAACCACGAGAAGUGGUCGGCGAGCGCGGACGUGGACCACAGCGUCGGGGCGCUGGCGCCAUUGGCGGGGAUCGUGUCGCUCGGGCUGGGCGACGCCGCCGCCUCCGUCGUCGGCGUCUACUUCGGAAAGACGAGUUUGUGCGCGGGGUCGAGGAAGACGGUGGAGGGUGCCGUCGCGGGUGCCGUGGCGAACGUCAUGGGGUUGUUGUUCGCGUGGCGUGUCGUGAACCACCACAGGGAGACGCCGUGGGGAACUCUCCUGAUGGCCGGGGUUGGAACCGCGGCGCUGGAGGCGACGACGGAGCAGCUGGACAACGCGUUCCUGCCGCUGCACAUGGCGGCGUUGCUGCAACUCGUCUCGAGGAAUGCGGACCUGGAGGACGUUCAAUACGCGUGA